AUGUUUAAGCCCUCGAACCCGAUGAUGGCUCGCCUGCGCUUCACCACCAAGCAGGUCAAUGGCGGAUUCUACAAGGGUAACCGGACCGGGUCGAUGGGUAACUUCGACAAGAAGGGCAACUACGUGAUCGACUGGCACAAAGUCCGCACCUACUGCGCCCCAGAUGAUCUCGAAGACUUCAAGCUCACACCCUUCGUCACCAAGGUCGCUGACCCCAAGCCGACCAAGUACACCAAGGACAUUGAGCGAAACGGGCGCACCGUCACCGUCGUCGAUAGCAUGAAGGGCCAGGAUUUCCUGAACAUUUGGGGUGAGCGUAACGGCGAGGAAAUAAUGCAGCGCGAGGUCGACGAGUACAAGAGAAAG